AUGAUUUUAAAAAGCAUGGGCUUGCAUUACCUAUAUUACCUAGUUAUGAUAGCAACCAAAAGUUUGUCGGACAAUUACCCACUGAUACAWUUGAGGAAGGAAAGAAAAGUGUCCAUUAAUCAAUGGGUUCAAAUUGUUGAAGAUUUGAUUGUAUUACAAGCAACUGUUGCAGUUGCAGCAAAUUUCACCCAAAUGGUUUUGCCUAAAACAGAAAAGGGAAAAGGGAUUUUCAAAUUGAAAAAACCUUUUAAAAAUGAGAAACCGGCAGAGAAAUAUAUUGACUUGUACCCAAUUCAAAUGUCUUCUGUGGCACAACUUGACAAUGGUCAAUCGGUAAUGUCAACUAACUUUGACACUUAUACUUUGAUUUUACAAUUAGGGUACAUCCUAUCAACUGUUGAUGAAUGGGAAAUCAACAACUACAGAGUACGUGUUAUUGUUUUUGUCGAGUUUCUGAAUGAAGUCGCUGAUGAAAAGGAAAGAUUAGCUGGAUUGUUAUCAAGUUUGAGAAUUGAUGCAGAAAUUAGGGUCAUUUGUUUGGAAAAUGCAAAUUUAGAUUCUUAUAAUUAUAUGAUCAAAGGGUACACGAAAUCACAGCUGAAUAAGACUCAGUAUGAUAAAGUUGACAGAGUCUUGGCAUGUGAUCAAUGGUGGAAGAACUUGUCGAAAGCAAGAGAAACAUUACGUGAAAUUGAAAAAAGGAAAACUUUAGGUAAACAAAAAUUGAGAAUUAUACCAACAAGAACAGACUCAAAUUCAUCACUCCUUCCAGAGACAUUCCAACCAUUGAAUUUAACUUCCAGAAGUCCACAAGGGGUUCAAGUUCAAGGCUUGAAGAAUAAUAGAAGAUAUACACUUUCCAAUUUACAAGAACAAGGGAUGUCAUUAUCAUUUAAUUUGAGAGCUGCCAAUCUGACGACAGGAAAAGAUUUACUAUAUGCUGAUUCAAUAGUUGAUAGUAGUGACAGUGAAUCAGAAGACUCGUCAUCAGUUGCCACUUCAAACACUACUGCCAAUCUUGGCUAUGUGUCGUCUAGAGAUAAUAGUUAUGUCAAUCUUGCUUCCUCGCAAGCUACAUUAGAAAACACGCAAAGGGGAGAUCUUCCUAAAGUCAAAAAUACGUUAAAAGAGCAAAAUGUGUAUUCAAGAACCCAUACACCAGAGAUAUUAUCCAGUAGAUCUUCUGUCAUCAAUUUGAGACCAAAUUUCCUGUCUGUUAAAAUCCCAACUGCAAAAAUUAAUGACGAAGCUGAAGAUGGGGAUGACCAAGAGGAGGAUGAAGAGGAAGAGGGAGCUGAAACAGAUAACGUUCAAGGCAAAGAAGAGGAUGAAACAAAUAAAGAAACUGCCGAAAAGGGAAGUAUUCUCAUCAAGGAUAAACAGUCCAAGACAAAAGAUAGAUCUAAACAAUCGAUUCAAUUUGUUGCAGAUGAACCUCCAAAGGAUUUACUGGUAAAUCCUGAAUCAUCACAAAGUAACCAGAAAGGUGGUAAACCCAAAACCAAAAAUCUUAUUGUCAACGAUGAUGAAAUAAUCCAUCAUAUGGAAACGCCACAAUUUUUAGCUGCCGAAGAUGAUGAUGAGACAGAUUUCCUACAAAUGUCAUUGAGAGACAGUAAAUUUCCUUCAUGUGGUCCAUCAAGUGCUAGAUCUGAAGUGUAUAAACAGAAACCAACUUUGUCAACAAAUCAAAGCGCCGAUUCUGAGAGAACUAUAACUAGAAAACAAUUACAAGAAGAAUUGAAGAACUUAACAUUCAAUGAUAUCCCUGCAAAGGGACAACAUUUGGUUUUGAAUGAGUUAAUGAGUAGAAAUUCGCCAUCUGAUAAAACCCACAUUAUUUUUAGUACAUUACCUGCUCCAUCAAACGGUACUCAUUUAAACGAUACUGAUUCCUUUGAUUACACUAACAAUUUGGCUAUUUGGUUAGAUGAUUUACCACCAAUUUUGUUAGUCAAUUCGCAAACCGUAACUGUUACAACUGCAUUAUAA